UAAACAUGGUUGUGAUUAUAAAGGUUACGGAUUUGCAUGCAAACUUCCACGAUUGGACUUGAAAGAUUUCAUUAAUGAGACCAUUGAGGAGCGUGAACGACCAGUCUUGCAACUUUUUUGCACAAUAUGCCAAAAACAAGACUCUUUCGUUAAUAAUGUACUUGUUCGAUGUGAAGGUUGUCCUAAAGCAUUUCAUCAAAAAUGCUAUACGUCUUGCAUUGACGAUGAAACUGUAAAAGGUACCGAAGCUUGGUAUUGUGAAAAAGGUUGCCAGGAAAACUUGCGAAGAAAACGAAUAGUUGUUGAACUUCCCCGUAAAAGAUUGCCUCUCAUGUCUACUCCGAAAGUCCAAGCAUCUACGUCGAUCACAGAUUCAACUUCUGUACUCAAUUCUGGUACUGCAUCACGUCCUCGAACUUCUCGUAACUCAACAAGAAC